AUGUUCAUGCGACCAAUUCUUCUCGUUUUCCUCGUCUAUUCUGCAUUAGCAAUUGAAAUCGAUGUAAUUGUAACUGUGAAUAAACUUCUAUUUUCUUAAUGUUCAGUUUGUGAUCGAAAAGCCGGACGGCGGUUCCUACUACCGUUUCUGGGUCGUCUACGCGGGAAUCUCAAUCGCGAUGGCCGUCAUAGUCGGCGUUUCGACGGUCAUUUCGAUGUGCAGACGGUACCAGUUGGUGGCCAAUCAGGACGACGAGGUGGGUGUUUUUGAGGAGCCAUUGCAAAAUAGAAUUCAGAUUUCGGAGAGUCAGUGGUGA